GCGCCUUUUGAUGCAUCACCUUUCAUUUUCACUUAACCUCUUAAACUAGUAAAAAAGAGCUUCUGUCUUCAUGUGGGAACUAUAAAGCAAAGCUCAGUCCCUUCUUGAAAUUCAAAAAUGGAGGUCCGAUCCAAAAGAAACAGCAAAGAAAGAGAAUUGAUGAUGAUGAAGAGUCCAGAUAGGGCUAAAGUAUGUGUGCAACCCAAGGUCAAACCCAUCAAAAAGGUUCAAGUUGUUUAUUAUCUCUCUAGAAAUGGCCAGCUUGAACAUCCUCAUUAUAUGGAAGUUACUCAUUUUGCUCAUCAUCAUCUUCGUUUGAAAGAUGUUAUGGAUCGGCUUACUGUUCUUCGAGGCAAAGGCAUUCCUUCUCUAUACUCAUGGUCCUGCAAAAGGAGCUACAAGAAUGGUUAUGUAUGGAAUGACCUAACAGAAAAUGAUGUAAUUUAUCCAUCUGAUGGAGCUGAGUAUGUACUUAAAGGGUCCGAGUUAGUUGAAGGUUGUUCUGAAAAGUUCCAACAGCUACAUGUUGGUAACAAUAAUAGUAGACAACUGAUUCAAGAACCUAAUCUCCCUGCAAAAGCUAAACAACUCGGUCCAACUCGGAACACCAAAUUCGAAUACGAAGACUUUGAAGAAGAAGAAGAGGAUCUAGAAUCACAAGAAGAGUAUGAAGAUGAAGAGAAAACAAGCUACACAUCCUCAACAACUCCGCAUUCUCGUUGUUCUAGAGGCGUAUCAACGGACGAACUCGAAGAACCACCCACUAAAAAUCUCACCAGUACUGAGUCAACUCACCAUCGUUCGUCCUCUCUACCGCCACCUACACCGCAACCGCCACCUUCAUCCAACAAGCCCCAGCUGAUCUCCAAUUCAAAUAAUCGCAACAAUGCUUCUUCCCAACGAUUCGAAGAUGGUGACCCUAUAUCGACCGAGUCAAUAACGAGUCGUAACUCAGUACUCCUCCAACUUAUUUCCUGUGGAAACCUAGCUGUAGCUAAAGCAAAGAACAAUGCUGGUUCUGCUACUGCAACUGCAACACCAAGUAAUGUAAAGCAACCACCAUUAAAGGUGAGCAAUGGUGUUAAUGUUCUUCAUAAAGGAGCUUUGUACAGAAAUGCUGUGAAGGCUGCUGAAGAAGAUGUAAUGAUUCGAUACAUGUCUGAGAAUCCCAGGUUCGGUAAUUUACAAGCUGAAGAAAAGGAGUAUUUUAGCGGCAGCAUUGUCGAAUCAAUGAGUGAGAACCGAGAUGUUGGUGAGUCAGCUGGGUUGAAGAGAUCGAACUCGUAUAAUGAAGAAAGGGGCACAAAGGGAAGAUUGGAAGACGAAGAAGAAGUUCAGGAAGAAAUUAAAGAAAGAGGAGCAAAAGGAAAGUGUAUUCCACGCAAAAUGGGUUUAUCAUCUUCUUCUUCUUCAAAACAGACCAAAAAAUAAUGUUAUGUUAUUUAAUGUGAUAAACAUUGUAAUAGUAAAAUCUUUGUAGUUGAGACUUCAUGUCAAUUAAAUUUUAGUUGCAGAAAUCAUGAAUGUGGUUACUUUUGUUUUUGUCUUUGA